AUGGAAGGAGUGGGGGCUCGAUUCGGGCGGUCCUCCACCCGGUACGGACCAGCCACGGUGCUCACUGGGCCGGUCAGGAAAUGGAAGAAGAAAUGGGUCCACGUUUUCCCAUCUAACACUGGCAGCAGCAACAACAAUAAUCCCUCUCAAAAUAACAAUAAUAAUCACCACAGCACCAACGGUAUUUCUAACGGUAAUAACGGCUCUCAUCUCGUGCUUUUUAAAUGGACCCCUUUAUCACAAAGCCAAAACAACAACAGUAGCCCCAACGAUUCUUCCAAGGACGAUGACGUGGCGUCUCCCGAGGAGCCUCCGAGGCGGAAAUUUAAAGACAUCCUUCUGGGUUUUGGUUUGAUAAUGCUCCGUGUUUCUUCAAGGGAACUAUGA